AUGGCCAACAACGACUUCAGAAAACAGAAAUUAUGGGGAGGCAGAUUCACAGGUGAAACUGAUCCUUUGAUGCACCAAUACAAUCAAUCACUCAGCUACGACAAGAGACUCUACGAGGCAGAUAUCCGCGGGUCUAAAGCAUAUGCUCAAGCGCUCGCUAGAAUUGGCAUACUUGAUCAAUCUGAAGCUACGCAGAUUCAACAUGGUCUUGAUAAGGUUGGUCAGGAAUGGUCCACCAACUCAUUCACUAUCCAUCCCCAAGACGAGGACAUACACACCGCCAACGAGCGUCGCUUGACUGAGAUUAUUGGCCCAGUCGCCGGUAAACUCCACACAGGUCGUUCACGCAACGAUCAAGUAGUCACAGAUGUCAGACUCUGGCUGGUCGAGCAGACCAUACUGGUUGAGACAUUCCUUAAAGACCUCAUAGGCGUAAUCAGCAGCAGGGCUUUGAAUGAGAUUGACGUGCUUAUGCCCGGCUACACUCACCUCCAACCCGCUCAGCCUAUCAGAUGGUCACAUUGGCUCUGCUCCCAUGCUUUCUCCUUCGCAAAUGACCUCGAUCGUCUGAGAGGUCUUAUGCCACGUUUAAAUAAGUCUCCACUCGGUUGCGGCGCUCUCGCUGGUCACCCUUUUUCCAUCGACAGAGCAACUCUCGCAAAAGAUCUCAACUUUGGCGGCGUUAUUGAAAACUCUAUGAACGGCGUAGCUGAUCGUGACUUUAUCGUCGAGUGGCUCAUGUGGGCUACUCUCACCCUCACUCAUAUGUCGCGCUUUGCGGAGGAUCUUAUCAUCUACUCCACUAACGAAUUCAACUUUGUUACUGCUGCAGAUGCCUACUCUACGGGUAGCUCUAUCAUGCCACAAAAGAAAAAUCCAGACAGUCUUGAAUUGUUGAGAGGUAAAAGCGGUAGAAUCUUUGGUCAGAUGACAGGUUUCUUGAUGUCGCUUAAAGGUCUGCCCUCUACUUAUAAUAAAGAUCUUCAAGAAGAUAAAGAACCUCUGUUUGAUUGCGUCGAUAGCAUGAAAUCGUCGUUACAAAUAGCCACUGGUGUGAUUUCAACACUCAACAUACAUCCUGAGCAAAUGCACAAGAGUCUUGGAAUGGACAUGCUCGCUACCGAUUUAGCUGACUAUCUCGUCAGAAAGGGUAUUCCAUUCAGAGAGACCCAUCACAUUUCAGGCAGAUGUGUCGCUUUUGCGGAGAAGAACAAAAUUCAAUUGUCUGACAUCACUCUCGAUCACCUCCAACAAAUCGACAGCAGAUUCAGUGAGGAUGUCAUGCAGGUGUGGAACUUUGAAGCCUCCGUCGAUCGCAGAAAUGCUAUUGGUGGUACUGCUAGAAGUGCUGUCGAGGAGCAAAUCAAGACGUUGCAGAGUUUGCUUUGA